GCGGGGCAGCCCCGGCCCGCGCGCCGCCGUAUAUAAGCGUUGCGGGGUCCUCGGGCGCGGUCCUGUCACGCUCGCACGGGGACGAGGCCGCGGCGGCGAUGGCGGAUUUCGAUCCCUACGACGACCGGGCCUACAGCAGCUUCGGCGGCGGCCGCGGGUCUCGUGGAGGUGGCCUUGGUUCUCGCAGAAAUAAAGAGCUGCCAACAGAACCCCCUUUCACAGCUUAUGUGGGAAAUCUGCCCUUCAACACUGUCCAAGGAGACAUAGAUGCCAUUUUCAAGGAUCUCAGCAUAAGGAGCGUACGACUAGUCAGAGACAAGGAAACAGACAAAUUUAAAGGAUUUUGUUACGUAGAGUUCGAUGAGGUGGAGUCACUCAAGGAAGCUCUUACAUACGAUGGUGCACUUUUGGGUGACCGAUCACUCCGAGUGGACAUAGCAGAAGGCAGGAAACAGGAUAAAGGUGGCUUUGGCUUCAGAAAAGGUGGCGGGCCUGAUGACAGAGGAAUGGGAGGAGGUUCCAGAGAAUCCAGAGGAGGUGGAUGGGAUUCCAGAGAUGACUUCAAUUCUGGAUUCAAAGAUGAUGACUUCUUGGGAGGUCGGGGUAGAGGAACCCGCCCUGGAGACCGGCGGCCACCAGGGGCCUCCAUGGGAAGUGGUGGCACCGGUCGCUUCAGAGAUGGGCCUCCCCUUCGUGGGUCUUCCAUGGACUUCAGAGAGCCAACAGAAGAGGAACGAGCACAGCGACCCCGGCUCCAGCUCAAGCCUCGAACAGUCGAUACUCCCCUCAAUCAAGUAGCCAAUCCAAACUCUGCCAUCUUCGGAGGAGCCAAGCCCCGGGAGGAAGUAGUAAAAGAACACGACUGAGUUUGGGGUUGAGAGGGAAUGGGGAGGCGGGAGAAAAAGCAAGACAGUACAGAGUGACUAGCUCUGCUGGAAUGUCAACCCUGCAGUUUACCAUUCCUGCCAUCUGGUAUUUGUCCUCUUUGAAACCGAAAACACAGAGCUUGUGAAUGCAUGUCAGCUGUUAACAAGUGGUUUUUAGUACGUUCUUGGCUUUGCUGUAUCUAGUGCCUGCUUUGUGCUGAGUUUCCCUCUUCUGUUUCCUUCCAAGCAGCACAGUUGCCAGUAGAUAAGGCAGUGUGGCUGCUUCCACAAGUGUGGAGGUCUCUGGACAAAGGUGCUGCUUCACUUCUUCCUUUCUGGGUUUGUUUUACUUUAGAAGCACAGGUUAGACUUAGUUAUUUCCCUGUAUUGUUUCCUUUUACUUCCUCAGUGUUCCUCUUCUGACUUGCAUGUCUCGUUCUGUAUUGCUGUGGCUCUGAAGAGGAAAACUGAAGAGUCCAGAUGAGUUGAACAGAAAUCUACAGUUCUAACCAAGUAGUGAAAUACCAUUUAUGACAAUUGGUGAUAGUCACUGUUCACAGCAGAGCCCCUUAUUAAACUAAGGGGGGCAGCUGCCCUUUCACAUGGGUUCCCAGGAAGGAUCAAUUUAAUGGAUGCCUUGCCUGGCAAGCCUGGUGAAGAGCUGGUGGAAUCAGUAUGGAUAAAGCCUCUGCCAGCAGCCUCUUCCUGCUGCUGGCUCUUGACUUCCAAAUGGUAUGAUGCUACUACAACUCUGAGCUCAAGGUUAGUGCUGCAAAGCCAUGCCUGUUUGAGCACAACUGCUCACUGGCUCUUUCUGCUUACUUUUUUGGGUUUUACAUGUUUGGUAAAUUUUUAAAUGAAGUUUCUACAAAUAAAAUUGACUUUUUUAUUUUUGUUGAAGGAGUGUAUACUUUGCCAUGCAGUAUUUGAUCGUCACUAUCCCCUGUAUUUCUUUGCCCAGUGGGGUACAGUUUUAGGACCUCAGCUUUCAGAAUACCUUGAAAAUGGGCAGAUUAGAAAUCUUUCUGCUGUAGAUUCUCAUGUAGAAGUUUAGGUAAAAAGCAUCUCUUGUUACUACACCUCUCUUCCCUUGAAAUGUUUCUUGUCAGUGUUGUGUGGGAGGAGGGAGGGGAGGCUGAAGCAAAAGGAGAAAUCAUUAAUUUUUAAAACCAAAAGCUGGUUCUACCACACUGAAGUUUGGACAUGUCCAGUGUAUGGGAAAAGCUUGAGCCCCCAUUGCCAGUGCUGAGAGCCUUGAGAUAAACCAGUAAACCAGCCAGCACCCCAGAGUACUUGCAAGAGGAGGUUGGAAGCAUGGCUGCCCCACUACCAGCACCACUGCUAGUGAUGAAUUUCUUCCCUAAGGUUCCCGUUGUAAGUCAGAGUCCCAGCAAUUUACAGAACUACUCUUUCCUUCUUUCUGCCUUUCACUUAAUCUGCUUCUGAGAUAAGAACCAUUUGUCUAACACUAAUACUUAAUUUAAGACAGACAUGCAUUUGUGUGGUUGUAUUCCAAACAAAAAAUUGAUCUAUUUACAUCUUCAAUGUGGAAAAGAUUUUAAGAACAAAUUCCCAUAUAAAAAACUCACUUCUAGUCAAGACAGUUGACUUUUAAAUGUAAAAACAAAGGAAAAAAAAAAAAAAGGAAUUCCAAACACUUAGCACAUUCUGCUUCAUAACAAAAUGAAUUUAUGGAUAUGGUAUUUUGUGAAUGAUCUUUUAAAUAAAAGAAAACAUUAAGUAAUA